GAAAGAGAGAGAGAAGGAGGGGGGAAAAGUUUCCAGCGGCACUCUCUCUGUGUACUCGCACACACACACAGAGAAAGGAAAAGCAGAGGAUAAAAAAUAGCGAAGAAGAAAGAGAGGGACUCGAUUUCCCCCCACAAUCACAGCGUCAUGAAAACCCCCGGCGAAACAGCUGGGCUUGCCUUCCCAGACUGGGCGUACAAGCCGGAGUCGAGCCCGGGCUCGCGGCAGAUCCAGCUGUGGCACUUCAUCCUGGAGCUGCUGCGCAAGGAGGAGUGCCACGACAUCAUCGCGUGGCAGGGGGACUACGGCGAGUUCGUCAUCAAGGACCCGGACGAGGUGGCGCGGCUCUGGGGAGCCAGGAAGUGCAAACCCCAGAUGAACUACGACAAGCUCAGCCGGGCGCUCAGGUAUUACUACAACAAGCGUAUUCUUCACAAGACUAAAGGAAAGCGAUUCACCUACAAGUUCAACUUCAAUAAGCUGGUCCUGGUUAACUACCCCUUCAUUGACAUGGGGCCUGGAGGCGGGGUCCCCCAAAGCGCCCCUCCAGUCCCCACGGGGGGUCCCCACUUCCGGUUCCCGUCCACCCCCUCGGACGUGCUCUCCCCGAACGAGGACCUGCGCAGCCCCAACCUGUUCUCCGCCGUGGCGAGGCGCAUGGCACGGGGAUCCGUGAGCGACUGCAGCGACGGCACCUCCGUCAACUCGGAGAUCGAGGAGGGGAUCGGAGGGGGAGGGGGAGGCGGAGGGGGAGCCAACUCCGAAGACAGGGGCGGGGUCCCCAGAGACCUGCCAGUGCCCGGCGGGUUCCGCGGGCUCCCCCCUUCCCUCCACCCGCGCCUGUCCCACGACUCCCUCUUCAGGGUCUACCCCCACGGCCGGCCGCACAGGGUGGACCCCCUCAGCCCCUUCCCCGUGUCCCCCCUCCCGGGCCCCGGAGGGUCAAUGAUGGGCCCCCAGCUGUCCCCGGCCCUGCCCAUGACCCCCGGCCACCUGAACUACACCCCGUCCCCCACGCUCAGCCCCAUGUACAGCAGCCACUUCUCCUUCAACAGCGAGGAUAUGAAGCGGUACCUGCAAGCUCACACGCAGAGCGUCUACAACUACCACCUCUCCCCCAGGGCGUUCAUGCACUACCCCAACAUCAUAGUGCCCCAGCCCCAGAGGCUGGACAAGGGGCAUCCUCUGCACGCCAGCCUGCACAGCAACCACUCCUCAUCCUCCUCCUCUUCCUCCUCCCAGCACCCUCUGCCACCCCCGCCCUCCGCUCACCACCUGCAGCACCACCCAGCCCCCCAGCAGCAGCAGCAGCAGCAGCCCUCUGGAGAGGAUCACUUGUCCUCCUUCAAGUUCAAGCUCCAGCCUCCUCCGCUGGGUAAGAAGCACAGGGAGCGGGUUUUGAACGGUACCAGCACCGCGCAUAGCGGGGUUCCCUCCUCCUCUUUCGGCUCUUCGGCUUCUGGUACCCCGAAUUCGUCCUCCGCAGGGGGUAACGCCCCUUCCUCCUCCUCCUCCUCCUCCUCCUCCUCAAAUGCCUCCGGUUGUCAUUCUUCUGCCGUUCCGGGGGUCCCCCAGAUCAAAGUGGAGCCCAUCUCCGAGUCUGAGUCUGAGGAGGUGGAGGUGGAGGGUAUCAGCGAGGACGAGAGCUUCUCCAGAGAGGGGGAGGAAGAGGAUUUCGGGGACGAAGAGGACUAUCUGGACGAGGAUGUCUUCAAGACCCCCGCGACCCCCUCCCCCCACACCCCCGGCGGUGGCAGCUUGCUGGACGGCUACCAGUUCACGGCCCAUCACAGCCCCCACCCCCACCAACACUACCAUCAAACCCACAGCCGACACCUGCAGCAGUACCAGCAGCCAGCAGGAGUCAGCAGCCGGAGAGGGGCUGCCUCUGCCCUGGCCUCCCCCUUGGCUUCAUCGCGGACCGGGAACCACACUCCCUCCUCCUCCUCCUCCGCUGGUUUCCCAGUCUCCCCCAAACCGGAGCCCCUGGAUUUGGAAUCGCAGCCGGGAUUUGGGAACGGGAGCGCGGGAGGGGAGAGGAGCGGCGGGAACGCCAGCGUUCCUUCCAGCCCGGGAUUCGGAGUGGGGACGGGGUCGGGGGGGAGCAGCAGCAGCAGCAAGUGCAUCCCCCUCAAACUGCGCUUCAAGAGACGCUGGAGCGAGGACCAGAGGAUGGAGGCGAGCUCCGAGGAGUCAGACGACAAGAAAGUGAGGGGCGAGGAGCAGAAGCAGGAGACGCCUCGGGGAGAGGAGGAAAGGGGAAAGGGGGAGCGAGGGGGGAGCAGCAGCAGCAGCAGCGCUGGGAAAGCGACGAUGACGAUGACACCGCUGGCGAUGAUGGAUCACGAAGAGGAAGGCAGCAGGGAUGCAGAAAGCAGGAGCAGAGAGGAGAAGGGGAAGAUUGAAAUCUACAAUAAUAACAGCAGCAGCAGCAGCAGCCCUGACCCAGCGGAGAACAGUGUGGCCACGCGCAGAGUGAGUACCGAGCUGCACAGAGCCACAGCACAGCUCUCUCUGGAGAACAAGGAGUGCUGAUCCAGGCAGGCAGACAGCCUGCGACCCCCCCCCUGUGUCAUCUGUGCAGGCGUGUGCGCUGGUGUUGACUCCUGUGUUCUCUUCAUCAAUGUUGUACAGCUCCAGUUUAGUCACACAGUCAUCGUCAUCCUCCUCCCCCCAGGUUUUGGUUUGAGACUCAAGUAUAUAUAUUUCAUGUUUUUGCCAUUUGGUUUCCAGUGCACGGGCUGCAGUUUUAAAACCUGCCCUGGAUUUUGUGGAUUGAGGGGAUCUGUCAAAACUUUAUGGACACACACACACACACUGACUGACUGUGUGUGUGUGUCUCUCUCUCUCUCACACACACACACACACACACACACACACACACUGACUGACUGUGUCUCUCUCUCUCUCUCUCUCACGCACACUGACGCUGUCUCGCACACACCUGUAUUCUCUCUCAAGCCAUCAUCAAGGAUUUUUCCCCUCUCUGCCUCACUUUUUUUUUUUCCUAAGUAAACGCAAAGAUAACUUAUCCAGCGUCUGCUGAACCAGGUAGUUGGAGAUGACGUUUUAAAACAAAACAACAAAGUUUUUAAUUACAGUCAGAUUAAAAAGUCCGGUAACUUUAUCGAAGCCCGUUUUCAACCAGCAGUCCAUCGACCGCGUUCUCGAGAGAGAGAGAGAGAGGUUUGCCAAAUAAAAGUACUGAGGUAACUUUUAAAAACUGCAUUCAUUUUAAUUAGUCGCCCCUUCCCCUCCACUCCACAAAUCAACAUUUAAACAGACUUGAUUUGAGCAGUUUUCUGGGUUUUUUAGAUUUUUAUAUGUAGGGCAGGAGGGGGUUCCUGUAGGAUGUCUACAACUCCAGUCUGAAGUUGGCACUGGUCACAAAAAAUGGACAAAGCAUUUGCUGUGCUUUAAAUCAAGGUGCCUAUAUCUCUGUCUCUCUGUCUCUCUGUCUCUGUCUCUGUCUCUGUCUCUGUCUCUGUCUCUCUCUCUCGCUCUCUCUCUCUCUCGCUCUCUCUCUCUCUCUCUCUCUCUCUCUCUCUCUCUCUCUCUCUCUCUCUCUCUCUCUCUCUCUCUCUCUGUCACUUGAAUGCUAAAGCGAGGCUCAUUUUUUUUAAUUCUUUUAUUUUUUUUUAGGAAUUUUAAAACGGUUUGCAUGAAAGUUUGAGAAGUUGCCCUGCCAUAACUUUUUAAAAUAAAUCAACACACACAAGCUUUAUAAAAACAGAUCCACAUUAGACAGGAGACCUUAACAUAGUACAAUUAUACACAGUGACCUGAAGAGGAGGAAUAUAAAAUCACAGUAUAUUACAGCAAUAGGCCGGGACUCUGUGUGUUUUUAGUUCUCCGCCACGUUGGGACACCAUGUGUGGGUCGUGUUCCUGUAGAAAUCCGAUCAAGUCCAGUAACAGCAGGAGCGCUGCUCCGAACCAGCGCAGAGGGCUGAAUCCACCACAGGCAGCUGACAAAUAGGGGCUACGCUUGGGGGGGGCUUACUUUCGUUCAUUCAGUCUCGUUCUUUCGUUCUUUGCUGAGCUGCAAAUACUAAUACCUUCUUGCCUUGUUUUUUAUAAUAAUAAAAAAAAAAGAUUUUAGACAAACGGAAUAAAUAAAUAAAUUGAAGUACAUUUAAACAAAAUAUAUCUAUAUAUAUUGAAAUGAGAUGCAACCUGGAUAAAUAGUAAAUAAAUGAGAAUUCAGGGAGGGGCGGGGCGGGGUGUGGGGGGGGGGGCUGAUAUUUUAAGAAAAAGAGAAUUGAUUUUACACACACACACACGUGAAUUGUAUCUAAUAUAACUGAUUGCUGCCUUAUCAACUCAGAGGGUUUCUAUACAGCGUGUUAUUUUUUAGUGUUUUAUCAUCUUUCUGAUAAUUGUCCUAUUAUUAUUGUUGUUAUUAUUAUUAUUAUUAUUAUUAUUGUUGUUGUUCUUGGGGAUCGCCCCCUCUCUCAUGGUGUUUAUUUUUCCUCUGUUGCUCCCUAGAUCUCUCUGAUUCAUAGCCGUCCCCCCCCCUCGUUGAUUGUAUUAUUAAUUGUAGUAAUUGUAUUUUUUUUUUAAUGGAUUUUCUCUUCUCCUAUUUUUAUAUAUAUAUAAAUAUUUCCUCUUUUCUUUCUUUCUGGGUAUAUUCAUUUUUUUUUUUUUUUUAAAAAACAUCACAAUAAUAGUAAUAAUGUGGGGGGGGGAGAGAAAUGAAACAAACAAAAAAACACAAAAUUCUUCAUAAAAUGUAAUACUUUUGAAAAAAAACAAACAAACCUGAUCUUGUAAUUGUACCAGCCCUGCGCUCUUGUUAAUAGGUGUAAUAUAACAUUUAUAAAUGAUGAGAGGUGAUGAUAAUGAUUUUAUUAUUAUUAUUAUUAUGAUGUAACAUUGAAUUUUUUUUUUUUUUUUUUCUGUUUUUAUUAUUUUGCCUUGUGAUUUUUAAACUGUAUUUUUGGGUUCAUUAAAAGUGGUUGGAAGCCGUUCUCGUC